GUGGACGUAUCGAUUUGUGACCUCGGUCUGCUGGAGGGAUCAUUAUGCAUGCAAGGUAGUUGCAAAGAGGUCAGAGGUCAAAAUUAAUAAACCGAAUAGAAACAGUGGUGUAAACAUCGAAUGGUAAAGUCGCCGGCGUUCCGGUUGAUUCUGGACGGAUUUUAUAAUAUACGCUGCUGGUAUGUGACAAGAUCAUUUCCAAUGGGCAUUCGUCGGCGGAACAUGUAGAAAAGGGGGAUAGCCUUACCUCGGUGGAAACAUGAGUCGCAGACAGCUGUUGCGGUGUAUUUUAUCGGCGCUGGCGUGUACCAUGGUUCUGUUACCCGUACGCACCGACACAGAAAGUAUCACGGACAAACCCCAUUUUAACCGCAUUCGAAAAAAUAUAGGGAGAAGAGAUAUCGACGGCUAUUGUGGAGCAUAUAAUAGGGAUAGUGGGGUAAUUAAAUCUCCCAACUAUCCCAGUAACUACCCUAGUAACCAGGAUUGUUACUAUUAUAUAUCUGUUACCAGUGGCAUGUUCGUUCAGCUGGUAUUUUACUUUUUUAACACGGAGGAAUUCAACGAUUAUGUUGAUAUUUAUGACGGCCCGUCUGAAAGUUAUCGGCGCAUUGGAUCAUACUCCGGUUCGACUAUCCCUCCUAUUAUCACGUCGUCCGGCGCAACGGCGAGUAUCACGGUUUAUUUCCACUCGGACGGUGAAAAUCAACUUCAAGGAUUCGAGGCUACUUUUAAAGCCGUGGCAAGACCCAAUGUCGCAUGUGUAGGCACGUUUUACGGCAGCGAGGGUGUGUUCUCAUCUCCUAACUUCCCUGGCUUCUAUCCAAGCAAUCAGGACUGCUAUUAUACCAUAACAGCGUCAGUUGCCAGUGCGGUGAUUCAGAUUGAAUUUUUACAAUUUGCCACCGAAGAAAACUACGACUAUGUCAGUAUAUAUGAUGGUACGUCGACGGCUGCCUCACUACUGGGUACAUACAGCGGACUAAAAAUACCGUUAGUACCGGUGUCAACACGGUCCACCAUCACGGUGUAUUUUCACUCGGACGGUUCAAAUGAGUUCCAAGGAUUUAACGCGACAUUUCAACAAGUAAACACAACUACGUAUAGUUACUUUGUUUCUGAUUAUGGAUUCAUCGCCUCGCCCGGAUUUCCCAAUUAUUACCCAAGCAAUCAAGACUGUUAUUAUUUCAUAACAGUGUCCAAAGGAAUGUAUGUUCAGCUUGUUUUUACUACAUUUAGUACCGAAUCCAUUCACGACUACGUGGAAAUCUACGAUGGUCCGUCCCCUGCGUCCAGUCAUCUUGGUUUUUAUUCGGGAAACAGUCCGCCGUCAGUCCCCAUAUCGUCUGGGAAUACGAUCACCGUAUACUUCCACUCAGACGGGAUAAUCGAACGCCAAGGAUUCAACGCCACCUACAGGGCAGUCAUAACGACCAACGUGGGGGACUGCGGCGGUACGUUCAAUUCGGAUAUGGGCGUCAUUGCAACACCAAACUACCCAGAUCAUUAUCCGGGAAACCAAGAUUGUUAUUACUACAUCCGGGUAUCUGAUGGUCUGUUAAUACAGCUGGAAUUCAUUCUUUUCAACACCGAAUAUGAACACGAUUUCGUCAGUGUCUUUGAUGGGUCGUCGACUUCCUCCACGACGAUACUGAAUUCCUAUUCCGGAUCCGGUUUGCCAUUAGUGCCUUUUUCAUCAGGUUCGUCUCUGACAGUGUAUUUCCAUUCCAAUGCGGACGGAGCAGGACAGGGGUUCUACGCCAAAUUUAAAACCGUACUAAUGACGAACAAUACUGGUAGUCACUGUGGCGGAACAUUCACAACAGACUGGGGAAUUUUUACAUCCCAAAACUAUCCAGAACAUUAUAGUACUUUCCUUGAUUGUUAUUAUUAUAUAACUGUGACUGCUGGAAACAAAAUCCAGGUACAGUUCAAUAUUUUUGACACGGAGUCGUGCUGCGAUUACAUCUGUAUUUAUGAUGGGAGCAGCACUUCGUCGUUGCUUCUCGGUAACUAUACCGGUUCCACGUUACCGCCUCUCAUCACGUCAAACUGGUCACACGUGCUUAUUUAUUUCCACACCGAUGGAACGGUCGGAAGCCGUGGAUUUCAAGCAGUUUACACUUCGCAGCCUCCCAAAGGUUUCUCAGUUUGUACCAAUAACCUUGCCACAUCCCUUGGCGGAGUGAUAUAUUCGCAUGAUACGUAUCCGGAUGAUUACCAGUCGUCACCACCGUGCUCACUGGCCAUCAACACGUUUGCAUAUUACGCCAACAUCUAUCUGAAAUUUGUGGAUAUUGAUAUGUACACUGUAAACGACCAUGACUGUCUGGGAGGAGAUUACAUAAUCUUGUCUCGCUCCAGUGUUGGUCAGUAUACAAUAUGCCAUCCCAACGACACGGCUGAUAUGUACAUCACGUCGGGGGCGUUCGAGAUUUCCACUCGGUUUACAGAACCCACCCAUCCACGCAGGUACAGGGGAUUCAAGGCGGUGUAUUCCCUGUAUUACUAUGCCGGAACCCAUGGCAAUUGUACGUAUGCCAGUGAUUUCAAAUGCGACAACAAUCGGUGUAUAGCUGGAUCGCUUCGCUGCGAUGGAAAUGAUAAUUGUGGCGAUAACACUGAUGAAGAGGCAUGUGGGCUGAAGGAUGAUGCGGCCCUGAUAAUCGGAGGGGCACUUGGUGGCUUAGUUUUGGUGGUUACAGUUGUCGUGUUGGUGGUCGUAUUAUAUCGCAAACGAAUUGUCAAACCAGUCUCGCUGAAUGUGAACGGAGCACCGCCCCCAGUGUUCACUGCAUAUAAUACUGGUAACCUAGGGUUAACAGAUGAACAAAAUGGUGUCACGUUACCCUCCGAUUUACAGCAGUCCACAGUGUCUUACCGUAAUAACAAAGCAGAAUCUACACCACGGUCAGAAUCGCCGAUAUAUGCCUCCCCGAUUGAUCUUCCAUCGCCGAUGCAGAUAACAGUGCCUGAGCCCCCGCCCGAUCUUGCAACGGCAGCUAAUGAUCUUAUCGCCAAUGUGAGGACAGUGCGAGAUGCCUCUGCUGAUUUGCCAACUAUACCCACUGAGACAUUGAUUCAGGAUUCGCCAGAGCACCAUACGCCUCUCGACCUUCCGCAUCAAAUGCAUGUGUUUCGAACUGAUUUGUUAGCGUCACCGGUGCACGACUCGCCGAUAGAUUUACCGGCGAUACCAAAUCAAGACCAGAGGAAACCAGGCCCGGUCUCGCCAUUGAAAGACCCGCCUGUUGAUAGACCGUUGCAAGGUCAAAACUCUAAUCGGGCGGUGGAGCCAGUUUAUGAUUCCCCGACUCACUCUCCAUUAAGCUCGCAUACGUCUCCCUUGCAUGGUCAAAUGAAGAACCACAAUACACAUGACAAUUCAAGCUCAUCAACGCCGCGUAUUUCAAUGAAUAAUUGUUUUGUUUUGCCAUCAAAUAAUCCCCGGAUGUACCGACAAACCUCGCCAGCGGACAAUCCAGGAACAAAUCGAACUGCUUCUGAAAGUAGUCGGAACACCACAAUUGUGCCCUCACCAAGAACACCUCGGGGACACGUACAUAGCUCGAGGACACGUCGCAUAUCGCAACCAGGUCGGAAAUCUAAAGGACGUCGCGCAAUGUCGCCAACCUACGCUAGCCCAAUAGAUGCAGUGACCACGCCGCCAAUGUCUGGCCAUUGCAACAACAGUUUUGACUCUUCCCAACAAAAUGAGUCGCAAUACCGCCCCGAAGGCAAUGCAGCUCGCAACUCGCACAGACGAUCGCGUGAACCUAUCACGCAUUUCCUUGAUCUUACUCCGACCAACUUGAAUCCACCACCGGGUGAGGCGCCACCACCUUACGACGAAGUGCGGCAAAGUACGUCGGUGUAUCUCUGUUAAUAGACAAUGACAACGCGUAAGCAAUGAACUACCGUAUAUUUACAAGAUUCGCAAGAAAACCUACAACAUUCAGUGUAAAUAUCAGAAUACCAACACUUUACGAACUAUAUGCAGCAGUCCCUUGUAUGCCUUUACAUAGUAUUAUUGUAUAGAUA